AAUCAAACAGCGCCAGAUCAAUGACACUGACACAGCUUGCAUUAUCAAACGUAAAACAAGUAGGACUGUCCUAAUAUUAAUCUAGAUUCGACCCAGGACAGCUCCAGAGUGAAAUAUCUGAUCUCAGUUCAAUGUUUUCCAGUGUGACAGAAGAAAAGGAGAAGGAGGAAGAGGACAGGACAGCUCCGCCUUCACCAUCCUUGUCACGGAAUUCACAAGGGAGAAUGAACAGAUCCUGAAAAACACUCAUUCUCCAGUCCUAAUCCAUUUACAAUCAGCGAUUUGAGUGUGUUUUAUAGUCAUGCCGCAUGCGUGAUUGCUCUACCGGACGCGUUUUGUUUCCAAGGGCAUUUAUCACCAAUGUGCAACUUUUACACUCGGUUCUCCCGAAACUAGCGCCGCAGGACACGCUGCUCUCGCGCUGGCGACUCCCUGAUCUACACGGUCUCACGUGAGGUUCUGUUUGUGGUUCUCGUCUCGUCGACUCAGGAAUUAUGGGAUGCUGCGGCAGCACACAGAAGACACGCGACUGGAAACCCUUAGAGCAGAGGAAGUGCACAGAUAUCCCAUGGCUGCUCCUCUUCAUCCUCUUCAACAUAGGCAUGCUCUGCAUAUGUGGCUUCGCUAUAGCAACAGGGGCCGCCUCAAGGCUCAUAUCAGGGUACGACAGCUACGGGAACACCUGCGGUCAGAAGAACGCCCAAAUCCCUGGCAUCGAGCACAGCGGCCUGGACCACACCUCCAGAAAGUAUGUGUUUUUCCUGGAUCCCUGCAACAUCGACGUAAUGAAAAGAAAGAUUAAAUCUGUGGCUUUGUGCGUCUCAAAGUGUCCAGACACUGAGCUGAAGUCGUACGAGGAUCUCGCAAAGUUCUCCAGCGUUAAUGGAUCUGAUUUAUGCACCUAUGACUUAAAACCAGACACAUAUUCAUCUCACCCUAAUAGAGCUACAAAAUGUCCAACACUUCCUGUCCAUCCAAGUGCGUCUCUGCCAGUGUUUCACCGCUGUAUGCCCGUUGACAUUUCCUGCUACGCCAAGUUUGCGGAGGCGUUCAUCACUUUCGUCAGCGACAACAGCGUGGUGCACCGGGUCAUCGCCGGGGUCAUGACCUCCAAAGACAUCAUCAUGGGCCUGUGUCUGCUAGCUCUCGUUCUGUCUCUGAUUAUGAUGGUUGUGAUCCGCUACAUCUCCAUGCUUCUGGUCUGGGUUCUGACAGCUGUUGUGGUGAUCGGCUCGGUUGGUGGAACUGGGAUCCUGUGGUGGCUGUACGUGGAUCACGGGAAAGCAGUGAACGCCACUCUGCCGGCUCAUGAACUGGAGGUGGCCAAAGACAACCAACAAGCCCUGCUCGUCUACGCCAUCGCCGCCACUGUGUUCACGGUGAUUCUGCUCCUGCUGAUGUUCUUCAUGAGGAAGCGUGUGGCGCUCACCAUCGCUCUGUUUCAUGUGGCCGGGAAAGUGUUCACCCAUCUGCCCCUGCUGGCCCUGCAGCCUUUCUGGACCUUCCUCACGCUCAUGCUCUUCUGGGUCUACUGGAUAACCGUGCUCCUCUUCCUGGGAACCGCAGGGAGUCCGGUGAAGAAUAACCAGACGGGUCUGGUGGAGUUUCGUAUGGACGGGCCGCUGCAGUACAUGGUGUGGUACCACGCCGUGGGCCUCAUCUGGAUCAGCGAGUUCAUCCUCGCCUGUCAGCAGAUGACCGUAGCUGGCGCCGUGGUCACGUACUACUUCACCAGAGAUAAGUCUCAGAUGCCCUUGACGCCCAUAGUGUCGUCUGUCCUGCGUCUGAUGCGCUAUCAUUUGGGCACCGUAGUUAAAGGAGCCUUCAUCAUCACUCUAGUGGAGAUUCCUCGCCUCAUCCUCACCUACAUCCACAGCCAGCUCAAAGGAAAAGAAAACGGCUGUGCCCGCUGCAUGCUGAAGGCGUGUAUCUGCUGUCUAUGGUGUCUAGAAAAGUGCCUCACCUACCUGAACAUGAACGCAUAUACGGCAACGGCCAUUAACAGCACCAACUUCUGCACAUCUGCACGAGACGCUUUCUUCAUCCUAGUGGAAAACGCUCUCCGUGUGGCAGCUAUCAACAGUGUAGGGGACUUUGUCCUGUUCUUGGGGAAGGUGUUGAUCGUGUCAUGCACGGCAUUUGCGGGUGUCCUUGCGUUGAACUACCAGCGCGAGUACACCGUCUGGGUGCUGCCGCUCAUCAUCGUGUGUGUGUUCGCCUUCCUGGUGGCCCACUGUUUCCUUUCCAUCUUCGAGAUCGUAGUAGACGUACUCUUCCUCUGCUUCGCCAUCGACACCAAGUACAACGACGGCAGCUCGGGCAGCGAGUACUACAUGGACAAGAGCCUUAUGGAGUUCGUGGAGAACGCCAAGAAAGCCACAGAGCGGUACAACAAAGCAGAAGGAGACAGUCGGGAAAUGAAAUCGAUGACUGGAAGUACACAGGCCUGAUGAAGACCAGCGUGGUAUUACAUCAUCUGACACUCCAAAAAAAAGUGCUAUUGAGAUGCUCAAAAGCUUCUCUUCAGGGAUUAUAAUGUGACGGACAUCUGUCAUCACGACUUAAAGGGCAUUUUACAUUAGAAAACUCUAGAACAGUGAGUUGGGUACUCGCACAAGAAACGACACUAGCUGGAAGAUUUCUGCUCCUAUAUUUUAAUUAAAAAAAGUUUGCCUCCGCAUUUUUAUUAGGAUACUUAAGUCUAUUGAGAAGUCAUCUUUGGGUUUAGUCCUAGUUAACUGGUGCUUUUUGUACUUAAUCUUAUUUUGACUUUGAAAGACUUUCUAGCUGUCGAUGUUUUUCUAUGCAAGCAUUUUAAUAUAGGAUCCUCUCAGAUCGUUUGAGGUUCAGUCGGUACUUGAGUGUCUUAUUUUAAUAUUAUGUAAUUGUUCCAUCUUAUAUUUGCACUGUUUAUUUUGUGCAGGAUCAUGUUACAAGCAAAUAUAUUAUACGAGACUCGAUUUCUUAAUCAGCAGCAGAACAUUGAAUGUCAUUUCCCUUGUGCCAAUAAGCUAAAGUGUGUAAUUUUUACACCACUAGCAAAACCAAAUGGAAAUGCAGUCUAUUUGUUUAUCACAACAAUCAAUGAAUUGUUUGAAAAGAGUUUGUGCAAUUCCAUUUGAUGCAGAAAUUACACACUGUAGCUUUACCCAAGUGCUUUAGUUUGAAAGUUGUGUGUGCGUGACAGACAAUUUAAUUAUAACUACUAUGUUUAGACGGACUCCAUUCAAUAAAGACCAAAGAGAAUGUUA